AUGGUCAAGGAAAGGAAGAAAUUCGAGGGUCCUACCCGAGCCUUUGUUCUCGGUCUGAAACUCGCUGGCCUGUCCACUGCCCGAGUUGCAGCUCUCACCGGGGUUUCCACUUCCUCGGUCAAAGCACACUUCAGAUGCGCCAUGGAAGAAGGGUUUGAGAUUGAUGGCAUCAACCUCAUUAAGGAUGCCUCAGUGCUCGACGCCAUCAUUUCUGACAAUAUCACUUCCCCUCGCCGCACCAAGAAGACCGCCAAGUCCCCUUCCGUUGUCAAGGACCGCGAUACAAAGGUCGUCCAGCCCCUCAAGCACGAAGACUCCCCAGAGGUCGAAAGCCCUUCCGCUGGCAAAGGCAAGACACGCCCUCGCGACGAUGGCCCAGUGUACUCCGAUGAGGAGACUGUGUGA